AUGACCUUCAAGUUCCCCGCCAGCAGCGAUGAAAUUUCUACACACCUUCUACUCACUAUGGCACCACAACUAGAGGCAUCCAUCAAAGCUUUAUCCCGUAUGCUCUGCUGGUCCGGAUCAUUUUACCCUCAACCCCUCACGAACUGGGAGCGCAAGUCCACGCUCGGCCUCUCUAUUGAUCUAUGCGCCAUCAACCCAAUCGGCUUUAUUAGCUACGCAAUUUAUACGUCCGCCUUUCUCUACUCACCCGUCAUCAGAGCACAAUAUGCGGCCCGGCAUCCCGUCGCCGCUGAGCCGACUGUCCGGUUCAAUGAUUUCGCAUUUGCAGCCCACGCGGUGGUUCUGAGCACCAUCCUUUACACCCACUUCUGGCCUUCCAUUUGGGGGUUCUAUGUGGGACGUUUCCAAAGAAUCAGCAGGUCAAUGGCGCUCAUAUGGUGGGGAUGUGCCCUGACUCCCGUUGUGGUUAUGGGCGUAGUGAUGACACAAAGCCCCGAUCGAGGGUACGACGCUUCGUCAUGGGCUUGGAUUGAUGUGGUCAGUACAAAGCCUGCUCCAGCAAAAUACUCGGGCUUGGAAAACAGGGAAAGACAGAGGAAGUCCCAUUAA